AUGGAUUUCUGGGCGGCGUACGUGCCGUGCGACUCCCAGCACAAGGACGCAGUUCAACUUACCUUUGAACAAAUAGACUUGAUACAGCGACUGACGGAGAAGUAUCACCCUGAACUUACCUUCUGUACGUCUGCCGAUGAUAUUUUGGCGGCGCACAUUAAUCACCGCGUAUGUUCUCUUGUGGGGGUUGAAGGCGGUCACGCUAUCGGAGGAUCUCUUGGAGUUCUAAGGACGUUGUAUCAAGUGGGGGUUCGGUAUUUAACGCUAACGUCCUCUUGUGACACCCCCUGGGCCGAGUGUGCCUCGACAGAUCGACCUGAGCCUCUCAAAGGAGGUCUUACAUCGUUUGGUAAGGUUGUUAUCAAGGAGAUGAACAGACUGGGUAUGCUGGUAGAUUUAUCUCACGUAUCGGAACGUACAAUGCGAGAUGCCCUAGCUGUCUCCAGAGCGCCCGUGUUAUUUUCCCAUUCGUCAGCACGGUCACUCUGCAAUGUGACCCGAAACGUACCUGACUCUGUACUCCGAUUACUGGCCGCAAACAAAGGUCUAAUUAUGGUGAAUUUUUAUACCUCCUUUCUCACCUGCGGAACGUCAGCCACAGUACAGGAUGCUAUAGCACAUAUAAAUCACAUACGGGAUGUAGCUGGCGUGGAUUAUGUCGGACUGGGUGCUGGGUAUGACGGAAUUAAUUAG